AGGGAGCGGAGGGGCGUGCGGAUUCGGCGUGGAAGGAGAGUGCGUUGGGGGGCGAUCGAGGUGACAGAGACAAUAAUCCCGGGGUGGUCCCGGGGCGGCUGCCGCAACGGACGGGGACCUCGUCGAGUUUGGCGAGUACCGCGACAACGACGACGACGACGCAGAUGACCAAGGACGAGCUUUCGAUGGCCAAUGCGCAUUUGAUGGAGCGGUUGCGUCCGUUUCUCACCAACCCCGUCACGGAUAUGCCGGUGACCGUGUUCUUCUUCGACGAGACCCGGAGUCAGUCGAGGAGUAUCAUGACGGAUUUAUCCGGCCACUUUAGGAUGCGCGCCGCCCUGCCCUUCGUCCCGACCCAUAUCCGCGUCCUCGCCUCGGAGAAUCUAUCGGUCGUGAAGGAGGUGCAGAUCAUCGAGCCCUCCGGGGUCAGUCUGAUCAGUGAUAUCGACGAUACGGUGAAGCACUCGGCCAUCGCAAGCGGCGCAAAGGAGAUCUUCCGGAAUACCUUCGUCCGCGAAUUGGCCGAUUUGACGAUCGAGGGCGUGGCGGACUGGUACAACCAGCUGGCGAAGAUGGGGGUGGAUUUCCAUUAUGUCUCGAACGCCCCGUGGCAGCUUUACCCGCUCCUGGAGCGGUAUUUCAAGCAAGUCGGCUUGCCUCCGGGCUCGAUUCAUCUCAAGCAGUACAGUGGGAUGCUCCAGGGGAUCUUUGAGCCCACGGCGGAGCGGAAGAAGGGCAACCUCGAGCAGAUCCUAAAAGACUUCCCUGCAAGGAAGUUCAUCCUGGUCGGCGACAGCGGCGAGGCGGAUCUGGAGGUCUAUACCGAUAUCGUCCUGGCCAAUCCAGGCAGGAUCCUAGGCAUCUUCAUCCGCGACGUCACCACAACGCACAAGAAGGAAUUCUUCGAGAAGUCCGUGGACUAUCUGGAACACAAAGUGUCUGCGAGUCGCAGCGAUCCCCAGCUUGUCGAUGACUCCGAUGCAGCCCCCAAGAGGCCGGCGCUCCCGCCUCGACGGCCUCUCGCAUCAUCGGCCAACAACCCAUCUGCAGAUGCCGUCAGCCUGGACAAUGGAGACCUGAUUGAUCUUCGUGAUGACGACGAGCGGGAAGCCUCAUCCCGGGAUCGGAAGACUCCCUCGGUGUCUCCCGCCGGACGGACACCCCCAGCUAAACCGUCGAAGCCUUCCUCUCUCCGCUCGAAUUCAACGAACACCGACAUGUCGGUGGGGGAGUCGAUCAAGCGGAAGCCCGUGCCUCCCCUACCACCACGUCGGUCCUCCACCAAGCCCGAGGUCUCGCCGGACCGGACCGCAGCCGUGGAAAACACGAGGCAGCAACUACCCACGCGGCCGAAGACCGCCGGUCUCGACCGGGAGAUGGGAGAUGCAAAGGUUACCCGCUCGAAGCAACCUCCGCCUCCGCCUCCGCCUCGUCGAGCCAACACCCUGGCGUCCGUCGAAAGCUCCGGCUCAUCCCAGCAAUCCACAGCCAACCGUCCCACCCCACCUCAAAAGCCACCGCAGCAGCAGCAGCAAUCCUACCCCGCCGCAGCAGCCUCCGCAGCCUUGCAGUACGCCUCCGAACGUCUGAACUGGUCCGCCUCCCCGGCCAACAUCCUCCGCUCCACGCAGUCGAACUCCUCACUUAAUCGAACCAACACCGGCGGUGUCACGGACCGGACCGGGGGAUCCGAGAACCCGCCGCCCGCCGCGCCGCUGCCGAAUAAACGGGAAGAAAUGUGGCGGCGGCGGUGGGAGCGCGCGCAGGAGCUGCUCGAGACCCGCGGCGUGGUGCUGGGGAGCUGGCGGGUCGGUCGGGAUGCGCAGGAUGUGAGUGUGUGGUUGGUGGAGGAGGCGAUGAAGGAGGUGAGGGGGGUGAAGAAGGGUGAUCGGUAGAUUUUAACUACCAUUCUUCCUUGUUACUGGUAAUGGGGCUAUGGGGUUUACGAGACUACCUAGUUGCCUACUUCAAGGCUAGAUACCACUACUUGCGUUGUACAUAGAUAGCAUCUCAUCCGAUCAGAUCACGAUUGCAUUCCAGG